AUGAGUGGUUCCAACUAUCCUUCCCCGUUUCCCUACUCAUCAUACACGCCUUCUGAUUUCCCCGAGACUGGACCUGUUUAUGGCUGGUUAGCAUCUACCUACACGCAUCCUUCUUUUACGGCUCAGGGGCCCUCCGAAGUAACACCAACCCUUGCUGAACCUUCCACAAACGCCCCGACAGCUGCCAUCCCGGACCGUUCAUUGAAUUCCAAAGUUGCCAUCCCGCGGUCAGCACACCCAGCGGUAGUUCCUAGCCGGGGUCGCGUCGGUCGUGCGUGCGAUCUUUGCCGUGACCAGAAAGUCAAGUGUACCGGGGAACGUCCGACUUGUCAGCGGUGUCAGGAGUCAGGGAUCCAAUGCUCCUAUGGCGAUCGAAAACGAGAGAAGAUGGCUAGGCGACUGAGCGACCUCACGGCCAGGAUCCAAACAUUGGAAGCACUGCUGCAAACAAUCUACCCUUCCUUGGAUUCGCAAUCGACUCGGUAUGUGGAGCAGAUUCUGAGCGAACAACCCGAGAACCAUCCGUCCUCCAGUCGCCCAUCCUCAGAAUUCUCCUCGCUUCUUAUCCCCACUGAAUGGAGCUCUCCUCUAGGGUCAGUCGACUUCACCAACGAGGACUUUAACCGUGAUAGGAUACAGGCUAUGGGAUUUGUUGGAGAACACUCAGAGGUUGCAUGGAUAUACAAAUUAAAGCAACUUAUCAACCAAUCCGCCCCCCCAGCGGACGGCACGGACCCGAAUCAUGGAUCAUUUACCACGGUGAAUUUCUUUCUCGAUGACUCUGACGUUGCUGUAGUGGAGGACAUCGACCUCUUUCAGCGCCCACUUAUCACAGUCGCCGAUCGCCUAGUAGACGUAUACUUCCAAGCGGUACACCCUUCUUUCCCAAUUAUCAGCAAAGUGGUCUUUCUGGGCCAGUACAAGUCCUUUUACUCCACCCCGUCCUCACGGCCUGGAAAGCGAUGGCUGGCAAUUCUUAAUUUGAUAUUUUCCAUUGCCGCUAAAUAUGCCGGCCUUGUGUCGCCUGCUAGGGAUGUGGCCGAAGACGAUCACCAUAUUUAUUUCUCGCGGGCCUGGAAGCUCAGCAUGCGGGACGUUGCCCUGGAUCAUCCGAAUCUCCAACAAGUGCAGGUGGAGGGGCUAAGUGCCCUUUAUCUAAUGAUUAUAGGACACUCUAAUCGGUCUUGGAGACUUUCCGGCGUUUCAAUUCAAUCAGCCGUUACAAUGGGAUUAAAUCUGCGCAACGAAAGCAACAUUGUUUCCUAUAACUCGAGAGAGAUUCGUUAUAGGGUGUGGUGGUCCCUUUAUAUUCUCCACAUUUCACUAUGUGUGAUGACAGGCCGCCUACCCAGCAGCAGCGAGGAUUCUUGCACAACCCCUCCUCCGGUCCCAUUUAUCGAGGAAGAAUUUCCACGGAGUGAGGUAGAGCACCUGAUUGGGGACCACGGAGCACGGGUAAUUUUUACGGAGAGCUUGUCCUCUCAAAUCUCAAAACAGUCGGUGGAAAAUGCAAUGAUUCCUACGUUUCCCAGGCAUCAAUCUCGUCGCCCGGAUAGGCACAGUGAUCGAGUCGCAUCCGUUGCUAUCAAAUCCCUAACGCCAAAUACCUCACUUCAUUUUCUACAUCUCGUUGAACUGGGGUUGAUUAUGCGAAGGUCUAUUGACGCGCUGUACGCUCCGGGAGCAGCGCAGAAAUCCUGGCACUCCAUCGAAAAGGUUAUUUCCUCGCUAAACGGGAAGGCUGAUUCCUGGCUCUGCAAACUUCCGGCCGAGUUUCACUUUACACAAGGGACAACCGAGUUUAAGAGGGAAAGGUUAAACCUCGCCUUUUCAUUUUAUAGCCUGAAGAUACUUAUCAACCAGCCAUGUCUUAGCCGCCUCAUUCGAGAGCCCCCUUCAAAUGACGAAGCCGAGACCUUCUGUACUACCACGGCUGGUGUGUGUGCUGAUUUUGGUGGUCGAAUGUUAGAACUACUCCCAGACAUUCCAGACCUUACCUGGGCCUCCCAUAUGUUGCCCUGGUGGUGCAUUGUGCAUUAUAUAAUGCAAGCCACCACCGUGCUCAUGUUAACCAUGGUCAUGGGAGAGAAAGCAGGCACUGUCCAGUAUAGAAAUGUUCUCCAUAAGGUUUCAAAGGCGGCCGAUUGGCUUGCCAAACUUGGCACCAGAGACCUCUCUGCUCACCGAGCUUGGGUCAUCUGUAGGGAUCUAGUAUCCGAACUUCAAACUGGCUUGAAAUUGGGGUAG